AUGAUCCUGGGCGAUCUGGGUGCCGAGGUGAUAAAGAUCGAGCACCCACUGCGCGGCGACGACACGCGCGCCUGGGGCCCACCGUUCAAGACGGCACCGCCGCAGUUCAAAGGCGAGAGUGCAUACUAUCUGUGCGCGAACCGCAACAAGCAGUCGGUGGCGGUUGACAUGAAGAUUGCGGAGGGCAGGCAGAUAAUACUGGACCUGGCCAGGGACUCGGACGUCUUUGUCGAGAACUUUGUGCCGGGCAAGCUGGCCGAGUAUGGGCUCGGAUACGCAGACCUGAGCAAGGUCAAUCCAAGGCUCAUCUACACGUCCAUCACGGGAUACGGCACCACGGGGCCGUACAGCCAGCGGCCCGGAUACGAUGUCAUUAUUGAGGCCGAGGCUGGGCUCAUGCACAUUACAGGCGAGGAGGGCGGAGCGCCGGUCAAGGUCGGCGUGGCCGUGACUGACCUGGCCACGGGCAUCUACGCCCACGGCGCCAUCAUGGCUGCCAUCAUUGCACGGUCCAAAUCCGGCCGGGGCCAGCACCUGGACGUCAAUCUGAUCCAGACGCAGGCAUCGGUGCUGGCCAACAUUGCCCGCAUGGGCACGCGCCACCCGUCCAUUGUGCCAUACGAGGUGUUUGCCACCAGCGACGGCUCUGUGUGCAUUGGCGCCGGAAACGACAAGCAGUUUGCCAGUCUCGCUCGGGUACUCGGCCGCCCCUCCCUCGCCACCGACCCCAGAUACUCGACCAACGCCGAGCGCGUGCGGAACCGUGCUGAGCUUAUUUCUCUUAUCAACAACAUUUUGAGCUCAAAGACCACAGCCCAGGUCCUCCAGAUGCUCGAGGGAAGCGGAAUGCCCUAUGCACCUGUCAAUGAUCUCAAGCAGACGUUCGAGCACCCGCAGCUGGUGGCCCGCAAUACCGUGCGUGAGGUUGAGCACCCGUUUGCUGGCACAAUAAAACUGGUCGGCCCGGCCGUCUCGUACUCGGGGUCCCGCGUCGACAUCCGCCUGCCACCGCCCAUGCUCGGCCAGCACACCGAGCAGGUGCUGCGGGGAGUGCUUGGCUACAGCGACAUGCAGGUUGAGAGGGCCGUCAGGUCUGGCGGCGCGGCGCUCUAUGACUAUGGCCUGUAG